UUGUGUGUUGUUCGACAAAUCCUUACAUAUUUUCGGAGUAUUUUUUCGCCUAGGAAAUUAUUUGUGAAAAAAAUCGGUGCUUUAUGUCAGUAGUUAUGGCUGCCAAGAGACGAGAGUCAAAUCUAAGUUCAAAUAAAAGAUCUAACAGAAAGAACCUGUUUAGUACACGAUCGGUUUGGUACGCAGAUGAGGAUGAUGAUGACUUUGUCGACAAGUUUUCUAUAUUUCCUAAAUUCGGAUUGAAGAAGGCUUCCAGUUUAGACAGUUUGUUGGUGGAGACUGAACAUAAACAGAAAGUUAAGAUAACUAAAAAUAUGAUUUCUAGCCCUCUUAAAAUGAGAAAAAUCGUAGGCGAGUGGGCUGAUUUCAAAAGUAAGCAUCUUAGUUCAGCUCCUAUUCUAGAAGACUCAGAAAACUCCAAUUCAUCCUGUUAUUCAAGUGCGUCUGCAGAUAGUGACAGUGAUAGUGAUGUUGUCAAUAAAAACAUUAACCUACAUGAAGUUAGUAACAUUACGGUAGACGACGUUAGCACAGAUAUAAGUAAACAAGAAGACAGUAUUAAUAAAGGUGACGUUAUUGAUGAUGUUGUCGACAAAAAAGAUACGUAUAACAAUAAUCAAGACAUUAAAUCACCUUUGCAAGAUUUUGUGCUUACGGUGGACGAAGAUAUUAAUAUUAGAAAAAAAAGUGACGGAGAAACUAGUAUAGACAAAAAUCGGAGAAAAAAUAUUCAAGCUUUUGAUGAUAUUGUAAAUUGCGAUAAAAAUUUUCAUUUUCUACCCACUACUAACAAUUUAGAAAAUGACAUUACCGAAAUGGUAAACACUAAGGAAACUAUAUCUAAUACAAAUAUUAUUGAAACGUGUAACGACAAUAAAGAAGAAAAUGACGUUACCGAAAAAGUAAAAACAAAGGAAGCUAUGUCUAAUACAGAUAUUAUUGAAACGUGCAAUGAUCAUAAAGAAGAAAAUGACAUUACAGAAAAGGUAGACACGAGGGAAACUAUAUCUAACACAGAUAUUAUCAAAACAGGCAACGAUAAUAAAGAAGAAAGUGUAUUUAAUAAUAAAAUAUUAAUAAAUCAACUUAAUGAAAAACUGGCAUCUCUAAAUGAAACUAUAAAGAAGUUAGAGGAUCCAAUACCGAAUGAAAAAGAUAAAAGAGAUCAAGAAAGACUUGAUAUACAUGUGGAUAAAGUGAAGUUUUAUGUAGGUAAUUCACCUGAUGAUAUUGAAGUUAAAGAUGCUAGACCUUAUUUUGGUUCAUUAAACAGAAAUAUAAAAGCUAGCUUCGGAAUAUUUUCUCAAGAUGUGACGAAAGGAAAUCGGUUUGAUAAAAAUGUUAAUCGAGAACUUGAGUUUAAAGACCCGAAAAGUAAGAGAAAAAAUCGUAAAAAGUCGAAGUCAAAUUUGCUGAGCAUGAAAGGACUUUCUAAAUCUUCAGAUGCUUUGGCGAGUUUCAGGGAUAAUACCGAUCCUGAGGAGGUGCUUAGAACACUUCAAUCCAAUAAAGAUGAACCGCUGUCACGUAGUGUUGGUCCAGGUCCAUUUCCAAGAACCGAAGACAAUUUAUAUUGCGAUGGCGUGCAACUUAGGCCACCCAGGACAGAUGGCUUAAGGCAGUCACAAACCAUAGGCUGUGAUCCCAGAAGGUUUUGCAAUUUUGAUAUUAAAGGCUGUGUGAAGAUACAGUUUUCUGACGGCAAAGAAGUAAAAUUAAAGAAGAGUGAAUACAUUCAGUUUGCCAAAAAUUCAAUCAGCAAAUGCGAUAACACGCGUUGUGAGGUGCUGAAACCGGGUGUUGUUUUAAAAGGAAUCAAACUUAUUAACAAAAAAGAAGUCGAGCUAAGAGAUACAAACAAUCAAACAUGUUUACUCCUAUUUGAUUCUUCAAAAGAUGCAAAACAGUUUUUAGAAAGCGAAAAAGUAAGCUACUUUAUCGACACUGAAAAGUCAACAAUAACGAAAACGCUCCUCAAACUAUUAGGUAAACGGUCUAGUCGAGAAGUACUAGAAAAGAAAGGAAUAUACCAAAAUGAACCUAUAUUUGGUAACACUCUUAGAAACAUUUAUUCUACCGAACACGUAGUACCUAAAUUUAUUGUGAAAACAAUGGAGUUGAUUGAAAGACCAGACAACAUUACAAGCUUGGGUUUGUAUCGGACGUCAGGAAAUUUAGCAACUAUUCAAAAAAUUCGCCUCGAAGUGGAUAAAGGCAACUUGGAUAUUUUAGAACAUUAUACAAAAGAUCCGGAUGUGUUAACCGGAAGUCUAAAACUAUUCUUUAGAGAAUUGAAGGAACCGUUGCUAUCCUGUAGAACUUGUGACAAUCUGCUAGGAUUUAUAAAAACGGACAUGAAUUACGGCAAGAAGGACAGAGAUAACAUCCGCACAAUUUUAACGCACAUACCCGAAGCCAACUCAGAAACAUUGAUAACAUUGAUAAGACAUUUAAUAAAGGUAGUGGAAUUUAAAGAACAAAAUAAAAUGGACGCUUAUAACCUUGCAGUGUGUUGGGGACCGACAAUAAUCUUUGCCACAGAUACUGUUGUAGCUACCAAGGAUAUAGUCACUCAGAGCUCAGAAGCAACGCAGUUAUUCGAUGCGCUGUUGAAUUUCUACAUUAAUAAUCCAGAAGAAUUAGAAUUAAGGAAAAAGAAACACGAUUUCGAUACUAAUCGAAAUAUGAUUCAUCGACAAGAUUCCAAAGACAGUAUUCAGAGUUCAGAUAGUGGCCACUCGAGCAAAAAUAAAAGUUCAAGUAAUGUUAGCCUUGACUCAAUUGAUGAAGUUCUUCGAAAGACAGUAGAAUUAAUUGAAACCCAUUUAAAUAGCGAAGGUUUAUAUAAGAAGAAUGGUUCACCUGAAAAGGUGAAUAAAAUAAUAAAGAAAAUGUUGAAGAAGAAAUUAGGAGAUUUGGAUAAAUACAAAAAUGAUGUGUAUGAAUUGACUGAUGCUUUAAAAAAAUAUUUAAGGGAAGGUUGUGAUUCUUUGGUAACCAAAGAAACUGUAGAAUAUGUAAAUAAGUUAUGUGAUAAUACUCAAUGGUUAGAACACAAUACGAGGCAAAGAGUGAUAACAGUCGUUUCAGAAAUACCGAAAAAGGAUCUGUUGUUUUUAAUACGCCACAUUACGAAACUUGUUAAAUACGAGUCAUCUCAUCGUGUACCUAGAUCCGAAAUGCUUUUCAUCUGGUCCGACGUAUUAAACGAUCAGUCGCGAAUAAUUGAUUCAGAGCCCAAAAUGACGAACUUCCUGAAAAUAGUCAUCGAUGUUUUCGACGAAACUAAACCUGACUUGAUCGCACCUACAAAAGGCAUGAACAAUGGAUUGCUGAAGGACCUGAAGAAUCUACAAAGGGAGAAAGAUAGAAUUAGUAAAUAUGACAAUGUACCCGAUGAGACAGAUUAUCACAAUAGGGAAGAAACAAUACAAGAAGAGAAGACUGAUGAAAUCGAACAUACAAAGUUGUAAACUUGAGGGCCCGGAAGAAGAUAUUCGAACAUUUUAAAGAUUUUACCAUUUGGGAUUGACACUAUUAGAAUAUUUACUAGCUUAUGUAAUACUAAUGUAAAGCACGUCAAUAUUAUUAAACCCUUAGGUACAAUAGAGUAUGCUAAACAGCUAUCACACCUACUUGAAGAUAGGAAACUCAUUUAAAUGUUAGAAGUAAGCCAAAUUUAUAAAAGACAAUCAUAUUCGGGCUGAUUAUUAGUUCAACAAAACAUAUAAUUAACUGGACAUGGCUUUAGAUGGGAUAUAAUCGGUAUAAAUAAAACCAUUCAAGUACAACAUGCAUUUGCAAAAUAUUGCUCGUUUUAGCAAGGGGGGGGGGGUUGUUUCAUUUAUGUUUCUUUGAACAUGAUUCGGCAUAUAUUGGAACUUUGGAAUUAUACAAAUAAUUUGUGUAUUUUUAACACUCUCUUUGAUAAUCACCAGUUUUUGGUUUCAAAAAUUUAUGUUUUUACUUAUAUAUAUAUAUAUAUAUAUAUAUAUAUAUAUAUAUAUAUAUAUAUAUAUAAUCUCAAAUAUAUUAUAAAUAACGAUUAUACUUACAGUUCUAUUACUGAUAAGUGUACUACAGCGGUUCCAUUAUGCACAAACGUCAUGAUUAAUUUGCAAACAAGUUAAAUCAAAACAUUAAGUGAAACAUACGUCGAUAUGUAAUAUCAUUGAUAUUUACCUACUGUGAAUGUAAUGACAAUUUGUAGGUUAGAAAAUAUUAGUUGUCUCAUUAGCUUAAAAUAAAUACUUACCGGAAGUAAUUAAAUUAAGAGAGCAACAGCCCUAAUAACACCAAACAUUCCAUGUACGUUCCUAGAAUGUACACACAGGACAUUGAAAACAUUCCUGGAAUGUCCUCAAAAGCACAAGAACGUCCCCUAAAUGUCCCAGGAAAGUCCUGUGUCAGCAUUUUAAACAUACCUUGAAUGUCUUGUUGGAACAUUCCAUGAAUGUCUACGAAUGUUCUUUGGACAUUCGCAGUAUAUUUUUUAGACAUUCUCUGGAUAUAGUCGCUGAUGUGACAUAAUAUCUCCGAUUUGUUUUUUUAUGAGUUUUGUAAGAGAGACUAAAAACUUUGUUUACAGUCACCUCCUUUUCAUAUGAUAUUUUUUGACAUGUUUUGUAGUAAAUUCAACUAUCUAUUUACUACAAAACAUGUCAAAAUUUACAUGUGAAAACAGGAGAUGACCCUAAAAAUGGUUUUUCGUUUCCUACAAAACAUGAAAAAGCAGAUUGUCACAUCACUGACGAUAUACCAGAAGUAUAUGUGGCCACACCAAAUAAUACAUCCUUGAUAAAUAUAAACAUUUUUAUUCCACAAAAUCUUGUCAUAUAUUUUUUUUUUCAUAAUCAUCACUACAAUGAUGAUUCACUGUAUUGAAUUGUACAUUACAAUUACAAUCUGGUCAUAACUGACCAAUGACCAAUUUUAAUUUAACCUAAAUUACCACUGUUCCUUAAAAUAAAGAACUUACCCCAUAGCGCCUCUUAUCUAAUCUAACAAGAUCGUGCACUAUUUUAAAAUACACAUAGGCACACAAGCAUUAUGCUCUGCUUUUCACUAUCACCUAUCACUCAAACUAGUUUAAAAGGCUUUGUCCUCUUCAGUCUUCUAUAGUUUGCCCAGUAGUAUCGAGGAGCUGGAUUUCCUCAAUAUUCUCAUACUUAUAAAGCUCGUGACUUUCUGCCAUCUUCUUGAUGAUUAUAUCCAGGUUCCAUUUCUAGGUCCUUAUGGAGAUCACUGUUUGUGACAUACCAAGGAGCAUCCGAGCAUCUACAAUAUGUCUCAGUAUUUUGUUCUGGAAUCUUUGUAUAAUUUUUAUAUUACUUGGUCUAGUAGGUACACCCCCAUAGUGGGCAUCCAUAAGUCCAUACAGGUCUUAAUAUUUGUUUAUAAAGUACCUAAUAACUUGUUAUGCAUCGACAAUGUGGACUGUCUUCCAACUAGCCAAUACACUUUUUUACAUAUGGGUAUCUUUCUUUUGUCCUUCAUACCCACAAGCCUAUACAUACGUUUCGUUCCUGGUUUUUUUGUAGACCACUUUCAGCUGAUUCUAAAAAAAAUUGAAAUGACUGGUACUUUUUCUAUUCUUUACAAUAUACAAAUCAAAAGAAAUAGGUACUAUUUACCGGUAAUAAUAUGCAUAAAUAAUUCGUUUCAUAAAGAAUAAAAAAAAAUUGAAAACGGAUUUUAUAAUACUUACAUAAUUGUUUAAAGAAAAGAGAUCCAGCCAGAGCAAAACUUGGCAAAACUAACAUACCCAUACAGAACAGCAAAGAAGCCACUAAUUCUAAUUUCCAUUUUCCAUCCAAUCAUAAAUUUUUAGGUUAUCAUGAAAUGGAAAUGUGAAAAUGUGAUGACCACGCGGCACGCGACCCUACUUACAUAGAACACGCACGGCAAAUUUGAAAAUGAACGCAAAUUGAAUAGUAAAUGGCCUCACUUAAAAUAUAGGACAUUGGUAGUAUGUUCAUAAAAUGUCUUGUGUUAACAUUCCAGCAAUAAUUUAAUCAGAUGUUCACCGAAUGUUCCUUGAAUGUCCAGGACAUUCAAACAGUAAUAGAACUUUGAUAGUACAUUCCUGGAAUGUUUUGUGUUGUUAGGGAGUUACUCGAUUUAACAAUUAUGUUUGAAAAUAAAAAUUAAAUUGACAUAUACACAGACCAAAAGUUUAAAUAAUGUGAAAAACCAAAUAAACCAAUAAAUGCAACAUAAUGUCACUGUCACUGAAAAUGAUAAAUGUCAAAAUUCAUAGUAAACACGGUAUCAAAGACAUGCCGUAUUGUUUAUCCUUGUUUAACUUAUUGUGGUUUCUAUAGACAAGCUGCCUAAUUUUGCGAUACUAGUUUCUGUGAGUAAAAAAGAGACCUAGCAUAAAAAGUAAUUCGUGAAUAAUUUUAUCCAUGUGCAAAGUUACAUGGACGAACUAUUGUAUACAACUUUGUGCACAGAAUAGUCGUAUGUAACUUAUUGUUUCUCGUAUUUUCCAUUUGUUUUGAUUCCUUCUCUCUCUAUCUCUUUUUCUUUCUCACUCUCUCGUUCUCUCUCUCCCUCCCUUCAUAUCUCUCUAUUUAUCUCUCUAUCUCUCUUAGUGUAACUCGGGAGUUGCAGAAAAGUACAAGACUUCAAAUCGAGGUUCGUUUUUUAGUUAGUUAUUUAAAUCAAUUAUCUUAGGAAUCGGGAAUGGCUCACUAGGAAUAUUGGAGGAUAUACAAUUAAUUGUCAACUUAACAGCAUUCAAUACAAUUAAUAAGAGGAAAAAGAUAGAGGAAUUAGAGUGAAAUUUUGCAAGAGCAUUUUGAUCUCAAACGCUUUAUGUUGAUAUCGAAUUUUACCCAGUAGUCAAUGUCCAUAUAUUAUGGGACACUCAGUAUAAGUAAUGUACUCAAAAUAUGUUAGAUUUAUACAGUACAAUAUGCAGUUAACCUAUUCAAGAACUUUGUAAGUAUAGUACUAUACUCUAUUUUUGACUUUAAAUGUUAAACCGAUCGUAGUUCGUUACAUACAUUAAAUAUUUUGUAGUUAAAAUUUGCACAUACUCCUAUAGUAUUUAGAAUGUUAUACAAAAAUGCUCAGAGUCUCUUUAUUUUAUUUUCCAAUACAAACAUAUACAGGGUGUCCCGAAAAGAUUGGUCAUAAAUUAUACCAUAGAUUCUGGGGUCAAAAAUAGGUUGAUUGAACCUCACUUACAUCUAUACAAUAGUGCACACAAAAAAAGGUACAGCCCUUUGAAGUUACAAAAUGAAAAUCAAUUUCAUAUACCGAAAACUCUUAGAGAUUUUUCAUUGAAAAUGGACAUGUGGCAUUCUUAUGGCAGCAGCAUCUUAAAUAAAAAUUAAAGUGAAAUUUGUGUACCCCAUACAAAAUUUAUGGAGGUUCUGUUCCCUUAAACCCCCCCAAACUUUUGUGUACGUUCCAACUUAGUUAUUAGUGUGGCACCAUUAGUUAAACACACUGUUUUUAAAACAUUUUUGCCUCGUAGGACUUUUUCGAUAAGCCAGUGUUUAUCGAGAUAUUUUGAAUAUUUGUCGAAUCCACCACAUAUUUGUAUAAUACACCACAUAAUGUAUUUAUAAUUUACAUUUUUAGGUAUAUUUUGAAAAAGAAGCCACAUCUCGAUAAAAGGUGACUUAUCAAAAAAGACUAAUGCCCAGUUGCACCAACAGACUGUAAAUCAACUGAUUUGCUAACCGUCAAUUCUACGAUUUAAAUCGAUGAUCAAUGGUUAUUUUUCAAACGGGUUGCACCAUUCAAAAAAACUGUUGGUUUACAAACCGACAAUAUAUAAGUGGCAACAUCGUACUUCAUUCGAUUAUUUCAUUCGAAUCCGAGUGUCGUCUGUCAAAAAAGAUUGUCAAAGAAAGUUUUGUUUGUAGUUUGUAAGGUUAUGUCUAUGUUAUGAGGUUAUGUCUAUCCCACAUCACUGGUUAUGGAACACUACAUUGUUUUCUUGCAAAUUUGUUUGUAUUAUACUUAUCAUACUAUUCAUACUUACGAUGGAAAAUAAAGGAAGCCACUUCUCUAGUUUAGAGAAAGAUAUAAUUUUAGAUUUAACAAUUAAAUAUAAAUUUAUAGUAGAAAAUAAACAAACAGAUGGUGUGAAAAAUAAACAAAAAGCCAUUGCAUGGGAAAAUAUUAGCUUGUUAUAUGGGAAGAUAUACCUUGUUUUAAAUUCAUCUUCAUUAUACUUACUUAUUAUACUAUACAAUUCAUUGCGAUCUCUUACAGAUCUUAUAUUUGGUAGCAUAUGCAUUAUAUCUUCCAAAUCCUCAAGAUGAACUUGAUGAUAAAUCCAUUUUUAUAAAUUAUAAUCUAUGAUGAUACUAUGAUACUUUAUUAGAUAAUAGAGAGAUAUCGAAACCCUAUUUAACAUCGAUCCUUUAAUAAAAGUUCCUUCUUCUUACUCUCUUUCUUGGCUUGCAUACUUGUGCAUCUGUCAGUACAUUUGAUUGUAUUGCAGCUCGUCUUGCUCUAAUCAAUGCUGCAACACUGAAAUGAAAACCUAAAAAUGUUGCCUUGAUUUACCAUUUUGUUAAUGUGUAAAUGAAUAAUCACUGCCUCUAGUUGUUUGUGGGUAAGAUGUUGCAAUAUAUUUUGAACAUUGGAAUUCUUUGGUACUCCUAAUUUUGUAAGUUCGAUUCUCAAAUUAAACUGCUUGGAUACUCUUAUUGGACACUUUAGAAGAAUAUGAUCUAGAUACUCAAUUUUUCCGCAUUCACAGUAAGAUGAUUAUAAAAGUUCCUUUAUUUUGACAUAACGUGUUAAAAAUGUGAAGAAAGCUCUAACUUCACUUGUUUUUGGAAUUUAUCGUGUUGUCGCUUCUUUGGAUUAAUAAUUUAUAUAUUAUUGUGGGAUUGAUAUUUGAUUAAACUUUCAUCAUUAAAGUUGUAUGUUGGGUUUUAUUUAUUAAAAAGAACUCUACAGUAAUAUUCUCAGGUAUAGAUUAUUGAUGUUUUGACUUUUGACCCAAACGAAUAUAAAAAAGAACAUUUUAUUUAAGCUAGAGUUAUUACAAAAAGUAAAAAGUAUGUAAAUAAUUUUAAAGUGUUACUACUUACAGUGAUCAGACAUAGAAUAUCAUUAACUCAUUUAUUAAACUCAAUAUAUUUUACAUUUUUGUAUAGAAAUAAAUAUUUUUUAUUAUAGAUAUAAAGAGGUAAUUUCAAUAAAUUUUAAUAUCGUUAAAAUUCUAGAUUCAAAAUAGAGUUCAAUUCAACAAAUAUAUAACAACAGGUUAACAAAAUAAAACAAAGGCUCAAGUAUUUAUAUUUGAAAAUUUAAUCUUUUUAUAGAUUAGAAUCUAUAAAGAUUUUAGUCAAAAGUAUUAGGUAAUACACUUUCAUUUUCAUGCCAUCUUCUUUUGAUUCCUAUCUGUUUCGAAUGUUGGAAAUCAUAUUAGCAAUCAUAACCUUGCUAGCUGCGAUUCGAAACAGUUCCAUUGAUCUUCUCCCUCUACUGGGUCUUCGCUUAGCUUUGACUGUACCUUGCAAUAUGUACUGCAUCAGGAAGUAACGGUGUUGAUUUCUCAUAUGUGUCCCAGAUACUGCAGUUUUAUGUGUUUAAUGGUAAACACAAUCUCCAAUUCUUUUUUCAUUCCUCCUAGAACAUCCUUGUUUGUGAUCCAUUUCAUGCCCUCAGUAUUUGUUUAUUUAAACACUGCCAAAAAAAAUUAAUAAAAAACCAUCAUAAAGGUUAAUUCUUCUAUUAUAUUUUUGUCUAUCGGGAAGUUUAUCUGACAGAUUAGAUAUUAGAGGUCUUUUCAUUUCCAGAUAACUAAUUAUUGGGAAGUUUAUAUAGCAGUAUCCUCUAUAUCUUUAGUAUCUAUCUUUUCAGCUCCGGAUAACUAGUUAACGGGAAGUAUUUCUCUGUCAGAUAUCUGUUAGUAUCUAAUCUGUCAGAUAAACUUCCUGAUAACUAGUUAUCCAAAGGUGAAAAGAGAGGGUCAUAAUGGAUAGUAAUGAACAUAUUUUAAAUGAUAAAAGAUUAAACACCAAUAGCAUGUAUAAUAUUUAUAAAUUUAUUAUUGAAAACCUGCUAAUGAACAUAAAGUACUUAAACUCAGUCACCGAUAUAAUAUUAAUAUUAAUUUAUUAACAAACUGCAGUCCAACAAAAAUAAAAUUAAUUUAAGCUAGCUUUAAAUGUCAAACAAUAUUUUUAAACAAACACACACACAAUUUAGUUUCAUUAGAUUAUCUUCUGGUUGAAAAUGUACUGCCACAGCUUCUAAUAUAUCAAUAUCAACAGCACACCCAUUUGCCACUAUUUCAAGGUUUUCUCUAUUAUCUAUCUAUUAUCUACUGCAAUAUUGUGUAAAACUGAACAAGCUGAUAUUAUUCUUUGAAGAAAAGGUAACUUGCAUCUCAUUACAUAUGUUAAAAUGGGAAAUCUCUUCAAAAUACCAAAUGUUCUUUCAAUAACAACUCUUGAAGGGAUUUGUGAUUGAUUGUAAAACAACUUCUGUCUGAAUAUUCUGCAAUGGUGUCAUGUGUCAUUGGGUAGUUGUAGUUGAGGACUGGGAUAUCCACUAUUCCCUAAUAAUAUUAUAUUCUCCAGAAAUUCCCCAUUUUAUAUACCCAUAAUGUAAAAGUAUUUAAAAACUAAAAUAGUAUUUUCAAUUGCACUUCCAUAUUAGUGAACGAUUAGUAUUAUGGGAUAUAUGAUGUUCUCUAAACAUCUUUAAAUGACAAAAUAAUUAAAUUUAACGUUUUACGUGGUUUUACUCUUUUCAAUUAUCUUAUUUUAAUUUUUAUCAACAACUGGAAUUUUAUAGGUUAUUGGAAUAAACGUCAAACGUCAGGUAAAAAACAGUCGAUUUUUUAAAUAACCGCAGAAAAUCGGGUGGUUAAUUUUGACACAUCAAAAACUGUCGGUUUUAAUUGAGUAAUGGUCGGUGCAACGCAUUUUAAAAUAAACGGGCAAUCCAAAUCAAAAAAUCAAUCGUUUAUUUGUUGGUGCAACUGGCUAUUAGAGGCAAAAAAGUUUUAAAAACACUGUGUUUAACUGACGGUACCACAAUAAUAGUUUAAUUGGAACGUACAGAAAAGUUUGGGUUUAAGGGAACAAAUCCCCAUAAAAUUUUUAUGUAAAUAUAUUAAAAAAUAAGCCCCAUCUCGAUAAAAACUCGCUUAUCGAAAAAAUACUAAGAGGCAAAAAAGUUUUAAAAACGUUGUGUUUAACUAAUGGUACCGCAGUAAUGAAUUAAUUGAAACGUACACAAAAGUGUGGGGGGUUUAAGGGAUCAAAACCCCCAUAAAAUUAUUAUGGGGUGGACAAAUCUCACUAUAAUUUUGUUUUACGAUGAUCCUGCCCUAAGAAUGAUACAUGUCCAUUUUCAAUAAAAAAUCUAUAAUAGUUUUCGAUAUAUUGAAAAAAAUCGAUUUUCAUUUUGUAACUUCAAAGGGCUGUAACUUUUUUUAUGAGCACAUUUGUACCAAGGUAAGUUAGGUUCAAUCGAACUAUUUUUGACUCCAGAAUGUGUGGUAUAAUUUAUGACCAAUCUUUUCGGGACACCCUGUAUAAUGUUUUACAUUAUACAUGUUUGAUGUUUUAAUACAUAAUCUUUUAAAUAAUACAUGAUAAUGAAAGCUUAAACUGAAAUGAAUGUUUAGGAUUAUUUAUAAUUAGAUGGAAUGAUUUUAUAACAAUAAUCAUGUUUGUUUAGUUUAUGUUUGUCUUCUUCUUCUUCGUGCCUUUCCUGUUGUGCCUAGCCUGUUAUUUGCCCAUUCUUUCCAGUACUUCUCACUUUGUUAUAUGGUCUAUAACUUUUAUUGUUAUGUUCUGUCUGUCUUUUAUUGUUAUCUAGAGUCUUGAAGUUUAACUGAAGUAAUUCAGGAAACACUAAGGGUGUUCGAGAUGUGAACUUAAAGAAGAAUUCUCAAAUAUCAUGGAUGGAUAAGUUAUCAGUUGUCCAUUAACUUAAUAAAUAAAGAAUCUUCUUCUCCUUCUUCUUCUUCUUCUAGUCCCGACUCAACUAAUGAAGGUUGGUUAUAACUAAAGGGCGGAUUAUAUGUAUGAAAAUGUAUGAAAAUAUGUACAUAUAUAUGUAAGGAUUUUUUUAAUAUAUGUAAGGAUUCGUCAAAAAUAUGUAAUAAAUAAAUUAAAGCAAUAAUUAUAUAAUUGAUAUAACUAUCCUAAUAAUGAGUUAAAAACAAACAACAUUAUUACUCAGCAACUUUAUUUUUACAUAUUUUAUAUACUUAAUUAUUAAUAUUGUAAAAGGAAUUUACAACUAAAUAUUUUUCAAAAUUUUCUAAGGUAAAUGUUUGUCUUUUAUCAGAAAACAUAUGUUAUACAAGAAGAGCUGGGCUCCACAUCUACUGAAGUAAUAGGCGCAUAUUUUAAUUUUGGCAACAGGUUUCCAUCAAUACACGUUUCUAUAUCAAAAUGGCCUCUAAAAAUGCAUGACACAUUCUGAAUAAUUUUGAAGCCUUCAUUAUUUUCUAAAACCUGCUUAAGCUUCCCCAAAACUUUUGUACCAAUGUUGCCGUUUACUUUUUGGCAUUCCUUCUGAAAAUUUUCAAUUAGUUCCACACAAUCAACUAGAAGUUGCGAAUUCUUUUCUAGUAACGUAAUUAUUUCCGGGAUAAAACUAUAAUUCGUCUUAAUAAAUAUCGGACUUUUAUACACCUCCUUAUUAUCGAAAACUGCUUUUGAUGAUAUGACAGCCUGUGAAGAGUGUGAGAUGUCGUUUAUUACGUCCUUAAUUCUAUCAUAAUUUUCAGCGUAAAAAAUAGCUGUACUUAGCCAAGUCCCCCAUCGAGUUAAUACAGGUUGGGGAGGUAGCGGUACGUCACGAAGCCUCUCUUUAUAUAUUUGAACUCGCAAAGGAGCCUUCUUCGCUGAAGGAACACCUUCUUUACAUUGCUAAUUAAUUCUUCACAAGAGGAAACUGGGUUCUGAUAAUCUCUGCAACUCUGUUAACUCCAUGAGCUAAACAAGUAAUAUGAAAAAGAUUCUGAUAAAAUAUUUUUAAAUUCCGCCCCACCUUAACCAUAUAUGGGGCAGCUUCUGAUAAAAUCAAACAAAUGAAAUAGAGGAUGUGGAAAAAUCCCCUUACGAAUAACUCACACAUCCACUAUUUCGGGCUGGGAAAAAUUUCUUGAAUAGAAUCAAAGAUCCAAACACCAGUUCUUAGAAAUGUGUUUCGCCCUCUUCAACCUCUCUGGGCUCAUCAGUAAAGAUGAGAGGUUGAAUAUCCUAGACAUCCUAUGAGAGACACUUUCCAUCAAAAAACAACAUUCGAAACAUAGAACAUAUCAGGAGCGUAAAUCUACGCCUAAUCUGACAAUGACAGUCUCAAGUUUUAAUUCCCUAAUUACUUAAAGUAAAAUAUAUGUUUAAAAAACAAAAAAACAAAAGAUGUAAAUCUUUGAAACACACUCAGUGAACAAAAGAUCCAUGUUAUUGGUUUACCGACCAGCUUCUGAUAAGAAAAUCACAAAUUUAUUUAAUGAAAUGGCAUCUGGCAAAAAGAAGUUUGCCAAAGUGUCUUGAAUGAAUCUUGUAACGGUCAAAUUGUUGGCUUUUAAAUUGUUGGCUGUUCCGUAAUCCAGACUCCUAAGUAUUUCGUUUUGACCACUUGUUCAAUGGUUUCAUUUUUUUAUCUUAAUCCUUGUAAUGCCUUUGCCCCUCUAAUAAAGAAUAGUAAGGAAUAAUGUACACAGUAAAAGAAGAAAGUAGAUUAUUUAAGUCACUUCAUACGAAAUAAAACGAUGGGGGAAAUUACUGAAAUGCAUUCUGGAUGAAAAAGAGUAAGAUAAGGUAAAAAUCUGGAAAAGACGAAUGUCCUAGUAAAAUACUUUGAGAACCUGGUUUACAACAUCGACUAUGUGACGUUUCAAAGCAGCAACAAAAUUUGUUCAAUUGUAUUUAAUACAAUUGGCAUUGAAAAAACGAAUUUGAAGACAAUGAAGAAGAAUUUACUAAGGAAGUAAAAAUAUAAUAUAAAUAUAAAAAUACUGUACUUCUAGGUAGAUGGUAUAUAAUGUAUUAAAAUUUUCUAAAAAGAUCCAAGUUGGACUUAAAGUGGGUACAUCACUAGUACAAAACAAACGUUUUCGGACUAAUCAGUCCAUCAUCAGGUUAAAAACUUCAGAUCCAAAGUAGUUGGCUAGCUACAUAGGUAGGUCGAAUGACCUUACCAGUAUAAAAAUUAAGCCAUUUCGGCUACAUCGAUGGCGACAAUAUGUUAUAAGAAUGCAAUGUAAUUAGACUAUAAUGGAGUCUUCAUCUUGGCUUCAAACUGACAGACUGUAGUCUACAAUCCAUUAUAGUCUAAUACAAUGUAAUUAGACUAUAAUGGAGUCUUCAUCUUGGCUACAUCGAUGGCGAAGACUACAGUCUGUCGGUUUGAAGCCAAGAUGAAGACUCCAUUAUAGUCUAAUUACAUUCUAUUCUUAUAACAUCGACUUAUUGUCGCCAUCGAUGUAGCCGAAAUGGCUUAAUUUUUAUACUGGUUAGGUCAUUCGACCUACCUAUGUAGCUAGUUCCAACUACUUUGGAUCUGAAGUUUUUAACCUGAUGAUGGACUGAUUAGUCCGAAAACGUUUGUUUUGUACUAGUGAUGUACCCACUUUAAGUCCAACUUCGAUCUUUUUAGAAAAUUUUAAUAAAUUAUAUACCAUCUACCUACAAGAGAAGAUUUUUACUUCCUUAGUAAUUUUUUAUUAUGAUAUACAGCCAAUGAGAGGAAUUCUUUUUAGUUUUUUUUUGAAGAAGAAUUUAUUCGACAUUUCAGAAUGUGCAUCAGAACUCUGUAACUGUUUGUUGGGAACUAAAUUAAUAUUACUUCUUUCUAUUUAUUAAAAAGAGCAAGAUUCAAGUAAAGCAUCUUUAUUUGAAAGACUUUUUAAAUUUAAUUGAUUUUUGUGUGAAUAUGCAACAAGUACCAAGCAUUUUGAAAUCAUUACAUCUAAUUAAAAAAUAUAUGAGACAUUUAAAAAGUAGAUAUGUAUUAAUCAUAAUUGAUUAGCUUUCCUGUACAAGGACAUAAAAUGUUUAUGGAUAAAAGAAUAUUAAGUUUUCAUAUACAAAAUAUUUUGUAAAUUGUAUACAUUAUUUCAUGUAUUUCUAUUUUAUGUGUUCAAUGUGAUUACUAUAGACCAUUGGGACCGAAUGUUGCGAAAACUGUUCUUAUUUCUAAAUGUUUCGGGCAUUAUAUUUUGGCAAAAAGUCCUGGGAACUUUGAAAUAAGACAAGAAGACUGGAGACUGAAAUCCUGUAAAUAUUAAUAAAUAGCAAUAUUUUUGUUAACAUUGAAUUUUUCUUAUGUAUGUUGUGCCUUUAGGUACAAAGGGCAAUGAGAAAAUUUUCUUUUUGGUACCCUUUAUACAGGGUGUCCCAAAAAUAUUGGUCAUAAAUUAAACCACAGAUUCUGAGGUCAAAAAUAGGUUGAUUGAACCUGACUUACCUAUAUACAAUAGUGCACACAAAAAAAGUUACAGCCCUUUGAAGUUACAAAAUAAAAAUCGUUUUAUUUUCAUAUAUCGAAAACUCUUAGAGAUUUUUUAUUGAAAAUGGACAUGUGGCAUUCUUAUGGCAGCAACAUCUUGAAAAAAAAAUAAAUAAAGUGAAAUUUGUGCACCCCAUAAAAUUUUUAUGGGGGUUUUGUUCCCUUAAACCCCCCAAACUUUUGUGUACGUUCCAACUAAAUUAUUAUUAUGGCACCAUUAGUUAAGCGCAAUGUUUUUAAAACUUUUUUGCACCUUAGUACUUUUUCGAUAAGCCAGUGUUUAUCGAGAUAUUUUGAAUAUUUGUCGAAUCCACUACAUAUUUGUAUAUGGUUACGUACGAUUAUAGAGAGCUGUUAAUAAUCUGAAAAUUUAUUUAUAAUUUACAUUAUUAGGUAUAUUUUGAAAAAGAAGCCACAUCUCGAUAAAAGGUGACUUAUCAAAAUAAGACUAAGAGGCAAAAAGUUUUAAAAACACUGUGUUUAACUAAUGGUACCGCAAUAAUAGUUUAAUUGGAACGUACACAAACAUUUGGGGGGUUUAAAGGAACAAAACCCCCAUAAAAUUUUUAUGUAAACAUAUUAAAACAGAAGCCGCAUCUCGAUAAAAACUGGCUUAUUGAAAAAAUACUGAGAGGCAAAAAAGUUUUAAAAACGUUGUGUUUAACUAAUGGUACCACAAUAAUGAAUUAGUUUGAACGUACACAAAAGUUUAUGGAGGUUUAAGGGAACAAAACCCCCAUAAAAUUUUUAUGUUGUAGACAAAUUUCACUAUAAUUUUGUUUUAAGAUGUUCCUGCCAUAUGAAUGAUACAUGUUCAUUUUCAAUAAAUUAUCGCUAAUAGUUUUCGAUAUAUUGAAAAAAAUCGAUUUUCAUUUUGUAACUUCAAAGAGCUGUAACUUUUUUAAUGAGCAUAUUUGUACUAAGGUAAGUUAGGUUGAAUCGAACUAUUUUUGACCCCAGAAUGUGUGGUGACCUAUGUGGUGAAUUUAUGACCAAUCUUUUCGGGACACCCUGUAUAUUUUUAGAUACAAUUAUGUAGAAAAAAAGCUAAAUCAAUUAAACUUCUGAAAGGCGGUAGGAUUUCAAUGCACAGCAAAACCUAAUUAUGAUGAGAUUGCGUAGUAUUGCGCGGAUGACGUAUUUUCCCUACGCCACCUCCCAUCGGCAAAAUUGUUGGAAGCUCGUCAGUCAGUGGCGUAUCUGCGAAGGGGUAGUUAAUAUUGUCUGCUAUUAUGAGACUGACGCCCGCUAUUAUUUCAUUGCCGCGAUUUACGUUCGUCGCUAAAAUGUAUUCUUUUAAAACCUACGUAAUUCAUCUCUUGAUCUUCGUAGUGACAGACAAUAUUGGAAAUUCUGGACAUCUGUACUACUACAUGUCGGUUUAUAACGUUCGACGCUGUUUUCCGACUUUUUGCUUUUCCUCUUUAUUUAUUUUGCUUCUCCAACUUGUACUCGGUCUACCUCGUUUACUUUUUCCUUCUGGUUGCCAAUUUAGUAUUUACUUGGUUAUUUGUUGUUUAUAUUUGUAGGUAUAUGUCCGAACGAGAUAAGUCGUUUUGUUCAUACAUCAUCUGUGAUCGUUCGUUUGAUUCCCAUUAUUUCUCUAAUGCGUUCGUCGUUAUUCCUUUCUCUUCUAGAUAUUCCUGUCGCCGGUUUCCAGAAAUUUUUCCGUUGCUUUCAGUCAGUCUUGCCAAUGUUCUUUCUGUCAGUGGCUACACCUCACAGCUGCAUAGAGUGAUACUUUUCACCAUUAUCAGCGUUUUGAUUUCUUUGCUGGUGGAUUGCUGUCUUUCUUACUCUCAUUAUUUUUUUAUUUGGAGUAAUGUUCAUUGUGGAAUGACGGUUCUCCAAUAGGAAGACGAUCAGUGGGAAGACCACGAAAACGAUGGAACAACAGCUCACUAAAGGCACAUUGAAAAGUAGACACUCGUGUCUACACAAAAAGAAGAAGAAGUAAUAUUCAGACCUAAAAUUUUUCAUAUCGAUAUAAUGUAUGUAUUGCAUAUAUAGGGUGUCCCAAAAGUAGCGGAACGGUCGAAUAUUUCGCGAACUAAACAUCGGAUCGAAAAACUGAAAAAUACGUGAUCAAUUAUUUUCAAAAAUCUAUCCAAUGACACCAAACACCAAUCCCCACUACACCCCCUGGAGGUGGGGUGGGGGGUAACUUUAAAAUCUCAAAUGGAAACCCCCAGUUUUUCUUGCAGAUUUUAAUUCGUUACGUAAAAGUAAUUAACUUUUAUUCAAGACAUUUUUUCGAACUGUGGAUAGAUGGCGCUAUAAUUGGGAAAAACGAUUUAUCCUGAUACCAUAGGUAAAUUAUAGAGACGGUCUAAUAUCUCACGAAAUACACUUCCAAAUGGGAAACUAAAUAACAUAUUUUUAAUCUUUUUCGAAAACCUUUCGAAUAACAUCAAACGUGACUCUCCAACCCACCCCCUGGAGGUGGGGUGGGGGGUAACUUUAAAAUCCUAAAUAGCAACCCCCAUUUUUUAUUACAGAUUCGGAUCCGUCAUGAAAAAUUAAGCAACAUUUAUUUGAAACAUUUUUUAGAAUUGUUAAUAGAUGGCGCUUUAAUUGGAAAAAUACGAUUUAUUAGCGCCAUCUAUCAGAAAUUUUAAAAAAUGUUUCGAAUAAAUGUUGCUUAAUUUUUCAUGACGGAUCCGAAUCUGUAAUAAAAAAUGGGGGUUGCUAUUUAGGAUUUUAAAGUUACCCCCCACCCCACCUCCAGGGGGUGGGUUGGAGGGUACCGUUUGGUGUUAUUCGAAAGGUUUUUGAAAAAGAUUAAAAAUCUGUUUUUUAGUUUCCCAUUUGGAAGUGUAUUUCGUGAAAUAUUAGACCGUCUCUAUAAUUUACCUAUGGUAUCAGGAUAAAUCGUUUUUCCCAAUUAUAGCGCCAUCUAUCCACAGUUCGAAAAAAUGUUUUGAAUAAAAGUUACUUUUACGUAACGAAUUAAAAUCUGCAAGAAAAACUGGGGGUUUCCAUUUGAGAUUUUAAAGUUACCCCCCACCCCACCUCCAGGGGGUGUAGUGAGGAUUGGUGUUUGGUGUCAUUGGAUAGAUUUUUGAAAAUAAUUGAUCACGUAUUUUUCAGUUUUUCGAUCCGAUGUUUAGUUCGCGAAAUAUUCGACCGUUCCACUACUUUUGGGACACCUUAUAUAUAAAAUCGAUAUUUUAUUAUUACUUAACCGCUCAAGUUGGUUAUUUUCUGAUAUUUGUUUUAAUCCAUUUCGAAGUUUUAUUUGAUUUAACAGUUUUAUUUAUUUGUUUUCGAUGUAUUAUUAAAUUUUCUGUUCGUACACAUGGUUCGACAGAAAAAACACCUAUAAUCAAAGUCUAUUUUUUAGCGCAUGUUACUGAUUUAAGCAUUUUAUGAGAGAAAAUAUAUAAUUUAUAUAAAUUAUAACAUUGUAUUAUAGAUCGGUACCACAAAGAAAAAUUCUCUAUUAAAAAUAAUUUAUUUUUCUUGUUAAAUUUAAAUGUAGUGCAUAUAUAGAAAGUGUAAGAUGUAUUCAAAGUAUUCGAUAGUUCUGUGAUAAUAAAAUUCCAUUCCAUUGUUAAAAGUUAUUCUCUUGAAAUUAUAUUGUAUGCAAGUUUUAAUCUAAAUUUCAUUCCUAUACACUUGUUUCGUAAAAACAUACUUUAAAUGGCCGUAAGUUUAUUACACUCUAAAGUAAUUUUAGAAUAUAGUAUUGUUUAUGUAUAAUCCAAAUUGUUACCAAAGUUUAAUAAAUUGCCUUUUGUAAAGGUG